AUGCGCAGUUUUUGGAGGAAAAGCCACAACCAUACCCUGCAACACCUCAAUACAAUAUGCCGGAACUACAAUCUAAGACACUCACAUGAUUUCAGUUCUCAAGUUCAACCUGCAAGCCAAACAGCACCCAAACCCCAAAUCCUAGACACAGACCCACACAUUGUGAAAUGUACCAACUCAAUUUCUACCCACAUGCGCAAUGGCUACUGCCACUUGGCUCUCCGUGUCUUCAAUGCCAUGCCUUACAGGAACUUGUUUUCCUGGAACUUAAUGAUUACUGGAUAUGUCAAAAACCGCAGACUCGGUGAUGCCCGCAACUUGUUUGAUUUAAUGCCUCAAAGGGAUAUUGUUUCAUGGAAUACAAUGUUGUCUGGUUAUGUCCGGAGUGGAUGUGUUGACGAGGCUAAAUUAGUUUUUGAUAGGAUGCCUUAUAAGGAUUCAAUCUCUUGGAAUGGAUUGCUUGCUGUGUAUGUUCAGAAUGGGAGACUUGAGGAGGCCCGUCGCUUGUUUGAGUCGAAGCGGGAUUGGGAAGUGACUUCAUGGAAUUGUUUGAUGGGUGGGUAUGUGAAGAGGAAGAUGUUAGAUGAUGCUAGGCAGAUUUUUGAUUAUAUGCCUGUUAGGGAUGUAAUCUCGUGGAAUACCAUGAUUUCGGGUUAUGCACGGGAUGGAGAUUUGUUGCAAGCUAGGAGAUUGUUUGAGGAGUCUCCGGUACGGGAUGUUUUCACGUGGACGGCUAUGGUGUAUGCUUAUGUGCAGAAUGGAAUGUUGGAUGAAGCGAUAAGGAUUUUUGAUGAAAUGCCGGGGAAAAGAGAGAUGACUUACAAUGUGAUGAUUGCUGGUUAUGUGCAAUGCAAGAAAAUGGAUAUGGCAAGGGAACUGUUUGAGGCAAUGCCUUGUCGGAAUGUGGGUUCAUGGAAUAUCAUGAUCAGCGGCUAUGGUCAGAAUGGCGAUAUUGCUCAAGCUAGGAAAUUAUUUGACAUGAUGCCUCAGUGUGAUUGUGUAUCUUGGGCGGCAAUAAUUGCUGGUUAUGCUCAGACUGGUUACUAUGAAGAAGCUAUGGACAUGCUUGUGGAGAUGAAACGGGAUGGAAAAAGUUUAAAUAGAUCUACUUUUUGUUGUGCUCUGAGCACAUGUGCUGAUAUGGCUUCUUUGGUGUUAGGGAAACAAGUUCAUGGGCAGGUGGUGAAGACAGGGCAUGAUAAUGGAUGUUUAGUGGGAAACGCACUUCUUGAAAUGUAUUGUAAAUGUGGCAGCAUAGGUGAAGCCUAUGAUGUGUUUGAAAGAAUACAGAAGAAAGAUAUCAUUUCUUGGAACUCAAUGUUAGCUGGUUAUGCUAGGCAUGGAUUUGGCAGACAGGCUUUAUUGGUGUUUGAUUCAAUGAAGAUAGCAGGUUUUAAACCAGACGAAAUUACCAUGUUUUCUGAUUUAAUUUUUCCUGGCUGUUAUGGUCAAAUAAGCUCCUCAGGGAAGCAAGAAAUACCUGGGUUCCAUCUUGUCUCUUGA